AUGGCCUCCGGACUCAUCUUCGACCCCCUGGCUCUGCUGCGCGUCAUCCCUCUCGCCAGCAGCACCGGCACGCUAGUCUGUGCGACAGGCGAACUCACGCACAACAGCGCCUGGACGCAGCCCGACAUGCGCAAGAAGGGCGACUCGCUGCUCCCCCGGUGGUAUUCCUACGUAUUCCCGCGCACCGUGUCGCUCGUGCUGGUGUUGAACCUGACGAGCAUCGGCUCGGCGGCGGCGAAUCUCCUAACGAGCGGACCGCGACCGCGCCCGUGGCCCCUGUCUCGCAUAACCUUCUACUGGGCGGGACUCUUCUCGGCUAUCUCUCACCUCGUGUUCGUGCCGUGGGUGGCUCCUCGCAUCCAGCGCAUCGUGGAGGAUCUGGAGGGCGAGCGCGAACCGACGCAAGAGAUGGAGGCGUGGUUGGGGUACCAUCGCAUUCGCAUGUUGCUGGCUGAUGCGCCCGCGUGGCUGGCUUUUGUGGGGGCCGUUUUGGUGCAGUGA